AGGACAGGAAUCGGAACUAGGACCUGCGGCCUCCCCUCACCCCGCCAGCCCCGGGUUCCGUCGUGGGGCUGUCGGGGCCGGGCCGGUAUUACCGGGCUCAGGGCGGAGCUGUCGCCUUGGAGAAGGAGUGGCUGCACUGAGUUAUCGUGCAGCAGUCACAGAGCUUUCACCUCUUUCACGAGCUCCUGACUGUGAGGAGUGCUGUUAGUUCCCCUCGCCUUUUGGCCCUCUCGUUCCCCAGGCAAUGCCCAAAGUGAAGAGGAGCAGGAAGCCUCCCCCGGAUGGCUGGGAGCUGAUCGAGCCCACGCUGGACGAGCUGGAUCAGAAGAUGAGAGAGGCGGAGACGGAGCCGCACGAAGGGAAGAGGAAAGUGGAGUCCCUCUGGCCCAUCUUCAGGAUCCACCACCAGAAAACACGUUACAUCUUUGAUCUCUUCUACAAGAGGAAAGCCAUCAGCAGAGAGCUCUACGAGUACUGCAUCAAGGAGGGCUACGCUGACAAAAACCUGAUUGCCAAGUGGAAGAAGCAGGGCUAUGAGAACCUCUGCUGCCUGCGCUGCAUCCAGACUCGGGACACCAACUUUGGGACCAACUGCAUCUGCAGGGUCCCCAAAAGCAAGCUGGAAGUGGGCAGAAUCAUUGAGUGCACUCACUGUGGAUGCAGAGGCUGCUCCGGGUGAAGACUUUUGCCAUCAAACUUAUUUUUUGAACUCUGAGGGACAUCCUCCUCCUCCUCCUCAGUGGACUAUGAGUGCAAUUACAGCCAUUUUCUGUGGUGGAUACUUCUGUAUAAUAAUUAAAGCAGCGGCAUGAUUACCUGGAUCGUGCAUAAGUGGGGGGUACUUUGGAGUAGGGUUUUGUGUAGCCAUUUAUUUUGAAAUAAAGCUUGCCUUCCUGAAA